AUGAAAGCCAUCGAACCCCCCAAAGAAGAAAAAGCCUCUAAAAGCUUCUGGUCGACAUUGACCGGGGGAUCUAUGAGCAAAAAAUCAACGAAGAAGGCCAGAGAGGAAAAGGAGGAACCCGACCCUAUAGAAGAGGAAGACCUGCUUAUUGAUGUUGGCGAUGACCUUCCAGAGCUGCAACCUGAGCUAGAGCCAGAGCCAGGACCCGAACCUGAACCUGAACCUGAACCUGAACCUGAACCUGAGCCUGAGCCUGAGCCUGAGCCUCCUGCCCCCGAAAAGACUAAACUUAAGACUUCUAAGCUUAGUGUUGCUGAACGCAUCAAGGUCUUAGAGCAGGCCAGGAAGGACAAGGCAAAGGCAGAAAAAUCUAGCUCAAAGAGCAAAUCCAAGGAAACGAAGGUCGAGCCCGAACCUGAACCUCCCGUAGAGGAGCCCGCUCCAACGAAGAGUUCAAAAUCCAAGGCUAAGACAGCAGAAGCUCUGGAGUUUAAAGAGAGGAAAGUUUCGAAGGACUCUAUUCCCGGAAGCUUCCCAGACUUUGGAGAUGACCCCGAGCCCGAGCCUGAGCCUGAACCAGAACCAGAGCCUGAACCAGAACCAGAGCCUGAACCAGAACCAGAGCCUGAACCAGAACCAGAGCCGGAGCCGGAGCCAGAGCCAGUACUAGAGCCAGCACCAGAGCCCGAGCUCGAGCCUGAAGCGGCGAAACUACCUGAUGAGCCUCUAUAUGCAAAUUGGCGCGAUAUAACGUCUAAAGAGCGUAAGAAGCGAGAGAAGCAAUUGAUGCGUAAGGGGCUUCCCAUUCCUGGCAAGAAUUUCGAGCUCCCAUCCGAUGAGCCGCCUAAAAAAGCGCCUGAACCGGUUGCGGAACCGGUUAUUGAGCCAGUUGUUGAGCCAGUUGUUGAGCCAGUUGUUCAAGCUGAGCCCGAGCCUGAAUCUGAACCCGAACCCGAACCCGAACCUGAACCUGAACCUGAACCUGAGCCCGAGCCUGAGCCUGAGCCCGAGCCACCAGUCCCAGAUCUUUCAAAAAUGUCGAAAAAGGAACUCAAGAAGUACAAAAAGGUCGAAGCGGAGAAAGCCGCAGCCGCCGCAGCAGCUGUAGCGGCGGCUCCCAGGGAGCCAACCCCACAGCCUCCCGAGGAAACACGUGAACUAGUACCGGAGCCUGAGCCGGAACCAAUAGCAGAACCAGAACCAGUCCCAGAGCCUAAACCGGAGCCUGAGGCUGAGCCCGAACCUGUAUCAGUACCUGAACCUGCACCUGAGCUUGUACUCGAUGAGGCAGAAGAGAAAGACGAAGCUGCUCCUCCUAUGCCCCCACCGGAGCCUACCAAACAGCCUCCAAAACCCGCGAAGAAGGAGCGACCACGCACUGAACGCACUACAACUGCCUCUUCAUGGGGUUUUUGGGGGGGCGCGCCGCCCCCGAAGAAGUCGAUUAAGAAGGAAAACAAGAUUCAGGAAGGAGCAGAACCUCCGAAAAAGCUAACUAAAAAGGAAAACACACAGGAGGAAGCAGAACCUCCCAAGAAGCUAAGUAAGAAGGAAAAGGUCCCAGAGGCAGAGCCCCCAAAGAAAAAAGAGUCUACUCGAGAACGUCCACCCGCAGUACGGUCAAAAUCCACAAAAUCCCGACCCAGAGACCCUGAGGCAGAAGUGGAACGGUCUGCGUCUGACCGGGAACAGCGGCGAGAACGAGAGGGGCGGCCCUCGAAGAACCAACGUGGCCUGGCCUUGGCUAACAUGGUACUGGGUACACCCCAGUCCAAAAGCAAAUCGACUCGCAAACCUGGCUCUUCAUCGAAACCCGUUUCCAGGCGUCCAUCAUUUGAUAUAGAGGACAAAACUACUGAUCCAGCCCCUCUAGAUGAAAAGCCUGAGGUUUCUGACAAAGCAGCCAAACUGAUGGGGAUGGAUCCCUCCAAGUCUCGACGUGAGCGCCCGCGCACGGACAGGCAGAAAUCAGGCAUGUUCAUUUCCGUCACAUGUUACUUAUCAUCGCUAACUUCCUACAAAACAGUUCGCGAUCCAUAUGCGAUCGAGGACGAUGACCUUGUUAUGGUCGACAUGGAGGAUGCCGAGGGUCAAUCACCGAAAGAGGGCUCCAGAGGCUCGAAGCGCAAGUCUAAGAGACAGCCGCGCCCCAGGUUCGACGACGAGGAUGACGCUGUAUUGGUUGAUCCAUAUCAAGCGCAUCCUACCGCAGAGGUCAUGUCGGGACCAGAAAAUAUGGGCUUUGUCAAUGCGCCUCCAAGAGAACGUCGUCUGAAGCGCUCCAACACCGCGCCGCCGCCUAAGAAACAAGAGACCGGUGGACUCAUGGGGCUCCUGGAUUCUCUGCGGAAAACCGCACGCCCAGAACGUCCAGAACGCCCAGAAAUGCCAGAGAGACGGAAGUCUCGCUUGUAUCGUGACGACGACGCAAGAUAUCCUCCAGAAAUGGAGCGCGAUGGUGCUCGACGAGCACGCCGCGAAGAUCGACGCCGAGGAUCUGUGCGACCAGAUACCGAUGCCGAUGGUUUCGUAACCGAUGCCGCCGGUGUAGGUGCAGGUGGCGAUACAGAAGCCGAAGAAGCGGAAGCUCGGCGCGCAGCACGCCAGUCACGGCGUGGAUCCCGCAAGGCGCCUUCCGACUCUCGUGAAAGCGAGGCUCGGGAAGCAGAGGAGCGGCGGGCGAGACGAAAAGAACGAGAACGUGAACAGCGUGCUCGCGAAGAGGAAGAGGAAGAACGUCUACGAGAAGAAGAUCGUAUACGAGAAGAAAAGCGGGCCCGACGAGCUGCACGUGAAGAACGUCGUGCUCGAGAAGAACAAGCAGCUCGUGAAGCUGAAGCCGAAGCUGCGGCUGAAGCUAGGGCGGCAGAACGCCGCGAGCGCCGAAGACUGCGUGAAGAGGAGAUGAUGGCUGCGAGAGCGAGCCGACAUCGUGAGCGUGAGCGUGAACGUGAACGUGAACGCGAGCAAAGGAUCCCUGAUGAGGUCUUUGCUGAUAGGCGUGAGACAAACCGUCGAGGGGCUCGCAGCUCCCGCGCGUUUGAAGAGCCGACCGCUCGUCGUCGAAAGUCUAAGGUCGCUCCUGAGCUAGUUCGGGAGCCACUCAUGACUGGUGGUUUGAAUCCCAAGACUUCUUCCUGGGUUUACUCGCAAAGCGAUGAACCUCCGGAGCCACCGCCAAUUGUCCCCACUCUUAUUGAUCUACCUCCUCUUGCGGCUGACGAUGGAGGUAAUGCUCAUUCCCUUUCGUCGGACGAGGAAGCUCGUCGUGCUCUUCGCCGUAAGGCCCGCCAACGUGCCAGAUAUGAGGAAGAGAUUGAUGAUGCUCGUUCCCGACAUCGUGGUUCUCGUCGUGACGGUGUGAAGAGCAGCUCAGGAAGUGGUGAUUAUGAACGUGACCGUGGAAUGAGGUCCCAGCCCGGGAGCCGAGGUGGUCCGCCGAGUUCGGGUGUUAAGAAGCCCAGUUGGUUCCGUAAAUUGACGAAUCUGUAA